UGGAAAUAACAAAAUUUUAAGUAUGAAAACAUUGGUUCUUCUUUUAAUCUUUAAAUUGUUUCAGACAGUUCACAGUGAGUCUUCUUACGUUACUGUGGAGACGUUAAGUGGCAACGUGCGCGGCUACAACUUGAGCAUCAGCGGUUAUAACGCCGUUGGAAGUGACGUCGAUACUCUGCAUAUUUUCUUGGGCGUUCCGUACGCGGAGCCACCAGUUGGUGACCGCAGGUUCACGCACCCAAUGCCGAAGGCGGCCUGGCGUCCAAGGACCAUCGACGCCCUCCGUCUGGCCAGUUCCUGUCCGCAGGGGGAAUCGUUCUUACAAACUUACGAUUUCGCGGCUGACUACGCAGACUUUGACGAAGAUUGUCUGUACCUGAAUGUCUAUGUGCCACAAAGCUGGGCUCGUGUCGACGCAACCUGGCCUGUGAUGGUGUUUAUACACGGCGGAUCGUACACGUACGGGUCGGGGGGAGCGUACGACGGCCGUAUACUGGCACAGGAGGGCGUGGUUGUUGUUACAGUCAACUAUCGUGUGGACGCCCUUGGGUUUUUAUCCACUGAUGAUGAUGUCGCCCCUGGCAACUACGGUCUGUUGGAUCAGCUGACUGCGCUACGCUGGGUCAAGGACAACAUUGCCCGUUUCCAUGGAGACGCGUCCAGAAUCACAGUGUUUGGGCAGAGUGCUGGGGGCUCGGGAGUUUCCCUUCAUAUGUUUUCUCCUCUAGCAAACGGUUUAUUCACGUCGCUGAUCCCUCAAAGCGGCACAGCGUUCAGUCCGUUUGCCAUUUACCGGCCACCCCAUUCUCCCCGGACAUACGCCCUGGAGCUUGGCCUCGCGGUCGGCUGCCCACAGAACACUUCCGCGGCCCUCGUCGCCUGUCUGCGUACCAAGGACGCCCUUCUCCUAGCCAGGACCCCGGUGUCACAGCCGCCGAUGAUAGCCACAUUCGCCCCGCGUGUGGAUGGCUACUUUCUUACGGACCUACCGGAAGUCCUGAUGAUGAGGGGAGCGUACUUGAAAUGUAUCAACAUCCUGACAGGCUACCUCCCAAAUGAGGUCGCCGAGGACUAUGAGAGUGUGGACGGUAUCAACAACGGUUUGUCCAAGGAAACCCUGGAGUCUAUGUUCCACGACAAGAGCCGCCGUUUCCUUAGCAACGCAGACGAGAUCUACCAGGCCCUUACAUGCGCCUACCCACCCUCCAAUGACGUCAUCCGCAACAGGAAGUAUUUGAUUGAUAUGAAUUCCGACUACGGCUAUGUGAGUCCUCAUAUUCGGCUAGCAGAGAGCCUUGUUCAGCAUAAAGAGCACGUGUGGCUCUAUGAAUUUACGUACCGCUCUCCGAAUUCACAGAAAAGGGAAUGGAUCGGUGUGCCUCACGCCGAGGAGUUGUACUACCAAUUUGGAGCGCCUUUCUUUGACUCGACGCCUUGUCCCGCGGCACGAAACCUCACGUGCCAGGUGAAGUGGGGCACCUAUCAACAGUGGGACGAACAUGACAGGCGGGUGGCUAGGAACACAAUGCAAUUGUGGGCCGACUUUGCCAGGCUGCCGGCCUGCAGUUCAACAUUUCCCUCAACAGCCGCGGGGUCGGGCGAAUGGCCCCCCUUCGGCCAGAACCACGCUCUCCUAAAUAUAUCCAACUUUGUACGCACAGCCCACCUGCAGAUGACCAGUGGUCAGCGGUUGUGGGCCAGUUUUAACUAUUUAAACCUGUCCGCCCCCGUACCCGACGUGUGCGGGAGGGAAGUUCAUAUACUCGUCGGCAAAUGACCGUCGGGACUGUUUUCAACAUGCUUCUCCUCUGUAUGAAAUUUUCAAUUGAAAGUUGGUGCUUUUUAUUGAAAACCAGAAACCAAAAUGCAUUUUCA